UGGCCCUCAAGAUAACAAGCAACAAAGUAACAGCCUAUCGUGAGAUCAGAACCCUGAAAGGAAUAGCUCGAAAAUUUCACACACAGUUUGGUUUGGGUAAUAGUGUUUGAAGACGAAGAUGGCUGGAGAUUCAGAUUCAGUUGGUAGCAAUGAACGGCCAAAUUAUAUGUGUAGAUUUUGUAACAAGGCAUUUUCUAAAUCACAGAGUCUUUCAGGUCAUAUGAAAACCCAUGGUCGAGAGAGACGGAAUGAGAAAUAUGAAAAGGCAAAGGCUCUUGUUGAACAGAAUGCUUGGAAGCUGAGGAAUCAACAUGUAGCACCUCAAAAUUAUGCAUCCAUCCCAGGAGGAGUGCAGACACAAGUCCAGACAUGGGGUCAAGCUGGCUAUCCAUCUUCACUGUCAACAUAUUCAAACCAGAAUGUAGGUGGAGGAAUUUCAGGAGUUGGACCAUCUUUACCCACAUCAUAUUUGAACCAGCAACAGCAAGAUCACAUCAAUUCUCAAACGAGGGAGAGAUACCCAUCUCACCAUAAUCAUCAAAUGAGGGAGACUUAUCUAUCUCACCAUAAUCAUCAAAGGAGGGAGACAUAUCCAUCUCCACUCUCAACAUAUUCAAAGCAGAAUGUAGGUGGAGGAAUUUCAGGAGUUGGACCAUCUUUACCUCAAGCUAUCUAUCCAUCUUCAUUCUCAACAUGUACAUAUCAGAAUGAAGGCGGAGGAAUUUCAGGAGUUGGAUCAUCUUUACCGACAUCAUAUAUGAACCAGCAACAGCAAGAUCAUACUAAUUAUCAACAGCAACAGCAACAGCAAGAGUUUGCUCAAAAUCCAGGAGAUCUCUUAUAUUAUCAAACCAUCCUAGGAGGAGUGCAGACACAUGUUGAGCUAUCUAGUCCAUCACAAGUCCAGGCAUGGCCUCAAGCUGGCUGCUCAUCUUCACUCUCAACAUAUUCAAACCAGAAUGUAGGUGGAGGAAUUUCAGGAGUUGGGCCAUCUUUACCCACAUCAUAUUUGAACCGGCAACAGCUAGAUCGUCACAAUUAUCAAAUGAGGGAGAGAUACCCAUCUCUUCCUUACCAAAGGAACAACAAUCUACAAAGAGGAGGAGGAGCAUCUGUUGUUAACAAUUCAGGAAUAAGUGGACCUUCUGUUCCCACGAACAGUCAUUUACAAAUAAGAGGGCCCUCUUUUCCAACUUUACAAGGAGGCAAUCCGAAUCUUAAUGUGAGUGGAUAUGCAGCAGCAUCAGCAUCUGAGCAACAGCAACAAUCUGCACAAGCCAUUCUUCAGCACUUGCCUCGCCUUGUUCAACCAUCAGCACCAUCAUCAUCCGCAACGGAGGAAAGCGAUGAGGUUAGGUUAGAAAGAAAGUGAGCAUAAAGAAAAUGCUGCCAUUUAUGUCAAUCUGUCAAAGUGACGUGCAGCUAUGUGAACCUGGAUAAAUCAAGAAAUGGUGUAAGAAUCUGCGAAGCAAGAAGCCAUGAUCACUAUUUGUGCCCUGUUUUCUGUGAAAUUUCUGUCAUACAUGAGGAACUAGAGUUAUGAACUUAAAUGUAGAAGCAUUUCACCACGUUGUAAACUGCAAUCAUGUGCAGAGAUUUUCAAUAUUAAAAUGUUUUUUUCAAUGUUAUAUG